ACCGGAACCCUAGUAAGAGGGGUGAUUAAUAUUAUUAUUAAUAUUAUAUUAUUAUUAUAUAUAGUUCAAAUCUUACAUAUGUAAGUACAUGGUGACAGAGAAAGGCACUGAAUAUUUUUCCACCAGACUUUUAGAACUAAAACAGACAUGGUGUCACAUAUUUUCUUGGUAAAAAGUUAUUCUAAGGGCCCUUGAUCUACAUCCAAAUUUCAUAAUUACACACUGACCCCUUCAGUGUAGUAUUUAAGGUCCCAAAAUAAUGUUAGCAUGUUACAUAUUUUACAUCAACAAAGGAAAUUAAUGAGAUAAGCAAAACUGACACACUGCUAUCCAGGCUUAGAGAUAAGGAGAAGUGAAUGUGUAAGCCUGGUUGUCAAAUGACAGGCAAGUGGUUUAAAAAAAAUAUAAGAUAGUGUUUAGUUGACUGCUGCAGUGAAUUCUAUGCAUGGUGCUUGAGGAAUCUUAUUGAAACCUAGCAGUCUUGCAGUGAAGUCCGUCCACAAACAUGAAGUUUAUCACACUCUCAGUAGUUCUUUCAAUAAUUAUCAUCUUUUUUGACACUGUAACAAACAAAUCUCUCCAAGGCUUGGCACCCAGAAACCAUCACAGACACUAUGAAGAAAAACCAGAAGAUAUCAUGAGCCUGUUUAUGGAGAACACAAAGAAGGAGUUUCUGUGGGGAUUAAAUUUAUCCGGUGUUCCGUCUCAGGACAAAAUAAAGAAAAUGCCCCCACAGUUUAUGAUUGAGCUUUAUAACCGAUUUUCAGAGGAUAAAACAUUAAAGCCUGUGUCAAACAUUAUCCGGAGUUUUAAUGCUGAAGACAUUCUGUCGUCAUCUGCCUUGGAAGACACAUUCCAGAGCCACAUUGUGUUGUUUAAUGUUUCAAUACCACAGCAUGAGGAGCUGACAGAAGCUGAGCUGAAAAUGUAUGUAUCUCUUGGGAAAAAGUAUCAUGGACACUUGCUGGUAUAUGAUAUCCUUUACACAGAGCCCUUUGAAAAUCUUCGAUACCCCAAAUCAUUAAUAGAAUCAAAAAUAAUUGAAAGGAGUGGCUGGCUAUCAAUUAAUGUUACCAGGGCAGUCAAAAGAUGGAUUACAUCAAGCAGAAUAACAAAAAAACUGGAGAUUUUUCUUGGCUCGAACAAACCUCUGAAUUCAUGCCUUAGAUUACAAGAUAAUCGAAGAGGUGUCAAGAUAAACAGUAGCUAUCCACCAGUGCUUCUUGUGUUCUCUGAUGACAAGUGGAGCAAGCCUCAGAAGACAAAAAUGGAAAGAAAGGAAAUUAUUUUUCAUGAGGAGAAUAUUGGCACACAAACUGUGUCAAAAAAAAAUACUGUUAAAUAUGCAAAUAAUGGGCAUAAAAAUUGGAAUUUUGGACUGGGUAACGGCAAGAUGAGGGUUAAGCGAAGUCAAGCAACUAACUAUUGCAGGAAAUCCUCAUUAAAAGUGAAUUUCAAGGAUAUUGGCUGGGAUUCCUGGAUAAUUUCACCCCCAGAAUAUGAUGCUUAUGAAUGCAAAGGAGAGUGCUAUUAUCCUCUUACUGAUAACCUAACACCCACAAAGCAUGCCAUUAUUCAGACACUUAUGCACUUCAAAAACCCCAAAAUAACAAGAAAGGCAUGUUGUGUGCCCACCCAAUUGGAGCCUAUAUCUAUCUUCUAUAUAGAUGACAAGGGAAUACCAACAAUGAAAUAUAAAUAUGAGGGAAUGAAAGUUGCGAAAUGUGGCUGCAGGUAGUAAAAAAGUAAAGAUCAUGAUAUGUCAACUGUCUAUUAAAGAAUUUGCCUUUUUGGAUUGUCAGGAUUAACAAAAGCAAUGCCAACUGCUAGCAAGGUACAAAUUAACUUUUUUAAAUUUAAAAAAAAAGGCAUGCUUAGUUAAACAUGCUAAUUUAUUAGAACAUGCACCUAAGAAAGACAAUGUCAAAUAUAUAAGCACUGCAUACUGAGAUUUUGCUGCUGAUCAGAGACUGAAAAGAAAUCCGAAUUGAGCAAAACAGCCUUGUGCAGUGUACAAGUAACUGAACUGUUUAAAUGUAUCAGCUGAAAUGAAAGCCAUAAAAGAGGGUUACAGAU